GUGGGUAGUAAAGAAUAAAUCCUGAACCUAGGUUUUAUGCAAAUUAGAAAGUGAUCCUUGGUACCUGGAAAUAAAGUUGUUGUUUGUAAACUCGAAUCCUGACAAUUUAGUAAAUGGUACAUAUAACGUAAAGAUUAUGGAAAAUCCUUUUGAAUAGUACUACGAACAGUAUAUUUCUUAUUUCUGCUAUUAUCAAUAGCUUUAUUCAAUAUUAUAUUUUUGGUACAAUAGAGAAUUCUUAACGCAACGUAUUUCAACAAGUUUCCGUUUCGCAAUUGUUGGUCGAUCCUGACAAUAAAUAUUAAGUGAUCGCCAGUUAGAAAUUAGCAGUCCAGUUAAUCGACAACUAUAUAAUUUGCAUUCUUUUCGUUGCAUAUUGCCAGUAACCACAAUAUCGUUGAUUGGGUCUUUUGUAACUUGUAGAACAAAAAGGUUGUACACUUUUCAAAAACGCACUUGAAUAGGUAAUAAGACUAAUAGGCAUAAUUAUGUGUUAAAACAAAUAAUAUUAAAUAACUUGUUGAAAUAUCUAGAUGGCAGGAUCAGGUAACCUUGAUGUUUAAGCAGACCGCCAAGGUCAAUACAGACAUCAGAAUUUAUGGAAGACUGAAACGUUUUCUUUUUUAGUAAAGAUAGCUAGUUACAGAAGAGAGUAGCAUGAAGACUUAAACUAAAUGAAUUACUAUUUUCAUUCACAUGCUCUGUUAGUUGUGGUGGAAAAAAAGAACCUUUGACUGGGAAAAUUAUUUGAUCCACCAUAAGAGUUCACAAGGGUGAAAACUAUAAUGAUAAAAAAACGUUUACACCUACUUUGGGAAUAGAUUACAGAACUGUGAGAAAAGAAAAACACUUACAACAGGCUUCGUAUGAUUCAUAGUCCGCUGAUGAAGUUUGACUAUAGUCUAUCUUUAUUGAAAACCAAUAAAAAUUAAAAUCGCAUGCAAAUUUGUGUUCUGAUUUUGUUACUUACUUACUUACUUACUUAAGCCUGUUAUUGCGCGUGUAGGAGCAUAGGCCGCCCACCAGUAUUCUCCGUCCAACUCUGUCCUGGGCAAUUCCCCUGGGUGGACAAGCCGUGUCCGCCAACCCGGUUAAAGCACCGGACAUUCGCUUUUCGUCCUCUCAAUUUCGUAAACAACAUCCCCGUCACGACAUUGCAGUGAGUGGGACUUCUCUGGCAGAGGCUAUAUACACGUGGCCAUGUGAGAGCAUUUGGAGAGGGAGAGUGGACUCUUCUAAUUCUCGGCCGUACCAGGGGAUUCGGAGGCGUAGUCCUUUCAGAUGCUACAGGAGAUCUGGGUUGUUUUGGUUUCAUUCUAUUAGGAUUAUCUUAUUUACUGGUCAUUAUAACAUUUCCUCUAUCAUUAUGCUUUACUACUCGAGUUAUUGCCGAAUAUGAACGAGCAGUUAUCUUUCGUUUGGGUCGAAUACUUCCUGGAGGUGCUAAAGGUCCAGGUUUAUUUUUUGUUGUACCAUGUAUGGAUCGUAUGCGUAAAGUGGAUUUAAGAACAGUAACAUUUGAUGUUCCACCACAAGAAGUACUUACACGUGACUCUGUAACAGUUGCUGUAGAUGCUGUUGUUUACUAUCGUAUUUAUAAUCCAGUUGUAGCAAUUACAAAUGUUGAAGAUGCUGAUCGAUCAACACGUCUUCUAGCAGCAACUACUUUAAGAAAUGUAUUAGGUACAAAGAAUUUAUCUGAAAUUUUAUCAGAACGUGAUACAAUCUCUGGUAUGAUGCAAACCAUGUUGGAUGAAGCUACAGAUCCUUGGGGUGUAAAAGUUGAACGUGUUGAAGUUAAAGAUGUACGUCUUCCUGUUCAAUUACAACGUGCUAUGGCAGCCGAAGCUGAAGCAGCUAGAGAAGCUCGAGCUAAGUGGAUUCUUUUUGAAAAUAUGCAUAUAAAAACUAACAACAAAGAAAAAAAAAAGAAGGAAGGGGGGGAUUUACAUAUAUUCAAUCAAAUCAGAAUAGUUUUCUUAUGUUAUUUUAUUUGUGAAACUAAUCAAUUUGAAUCACUUUCAUUGAUUCGGAUCAUUAUCAUUAUCUUCAUUGUGAUCAUCCUAAUUUAUCAUAUUGUCUUCUUUAUUUUCAUUUUACAAUGAAUCACUCACUAUAUAGCAAACUAAUUGUCUUUUUUUUAUACAUAUACAUUUAUAUGUUAUUUUAUCUAUAAAAUUAUUCAAUUAGAAUCAUUUUCAUUGAUCCCGAUCAUUAUCGUCAUUCUCAUUUAUCAUAUUGUCUUCUUUAUCUUCAUUUUAUAAUGAAUCAUUAUAUAGCAACUAAUUGUCCUCUAAUAUACUUCGAUAUUUCAUUUGGGUUAUAAGAUCAAUAUUGAAUAACUGAUGUAAAAUCUCUCAUCAUAACUUAUAUACAUUAUUAAUCUCCUUUUCAUUUUAUUUAUCUAAUCAAUAAUUCAAAAUAGAUGUAUAUAAUUUAUAUUAAAUUAUUUAUCAAUGAUAUAGACAUUUGGUUCUUUAAAUUGAAAUCAUUUUUUUUUUUCAUACAUUUACCAUGGAUACAUAAAUUGAUCUAUAUUGAUUAUUAGGUGAUAAAUAUUGAUUUAUUAAAUAACCUAAUUAGAUAUUGUCAAUUAUAUUUACAAUUACAUUUUGUUAAUAAGUUUUACUUCUUUUUUUGUUUUGUUUUUUCUUUCUUCUAAUGACUAAAUUCAUCUUCUCCUUAAAGUUGAAUCUCUCCAAGUAUAUCUAAAUGUGCAUUUCUCACAAUUCAUUGUUAAUACAUAUACAUAUAUAUAUAUAUAUAUAUUACUUACUUAAUUACCUAAGACAGUUACCCCCCUCUAUUCAUAAAAAAUAGUUGUUACUAUUUUUUUCGGUUUCCAUAUGUGCGUGCGUGCGUGUGUGAGUGUGUGUGUGAAUGUGAAUACUAUUCAAAUUAUUGUCACUUUAACAGUUCAGUUAUUUAUAUGUAAUUAAAACAAGAUUUAUCUCUCUAUAUAUAUAUGAAUAUGGAUUUAUAUAUAUAAUAUUACGUAACAAUGUUGUUGUUGUUGUUUGUAACUUAUAUCUAAGUAUUUUUAUUGAAAUAUAAUAAUUGAAUUCCUCUU